GGGUGUUACUUUGCCAUUUCGCGCUAUCCUCUGCCAAACACGCUUGCUGGGAUACGCCGGCUUCGCGACGCGGAUAGUUUUUGCAGUUCUUUUUUUUUUUGCGCUUUGAAUUUCUCGAUCGUCUUCAUAACGUAUGGAGUGAUCGCGAUUUUUUUUUUGCGUAUUCUUUGGCUCCGUUCGGCUUUCAAGUGAACCAUCAGUAGCAGUUACAUAUAUCUAAUUGAGUUUUCAAAUCUUUCCCUGUCGGUUCUGUGAACGUAAAACUCAACGAAACGAAACAACAAAUAAUAAUAACAACAACCAAUUACACCACAAAUGGAAUCAGCCGAGCGGUACAUUGCAUCGCUGGACAUUGGUACAACGACGAUAAGAUGCUUUAUCUACGCGGCGAAUCGCGAUAUCGGCAAGCUGGAGGUCGUAGGAAGUGCCUUCGAGCAAGUUGAGCUUGUGUAUCCAGCGCCGGGACAAGUGGAGAUUGUUCCGGAUCAACUGUGGAAUAGUGUGAUCAACACGAUCAAGAAUGCAAUGGAAAACGCAAAGCUCACGGCACAACAGAUCGCCUGCCUGAGCAUAUCCACCCAGCGGAACACGUUCACCUGUUGGAACAAGCUGACCGGCCAUGCGUACCACAACUUCAUCACGUGGAAGGACCUCCGAGCGGACAAACUCGUUCAACAGUGGAACAACAGCUUCAAAUUGAGAGUUCUCAAAGCAGGCGCCCGCUUUCUGCACUUCUUCACACGCAGCAAGCGCUUCCUGGCGGGCAGCGUGAUCAAAAUGAUGAACCCCCAGGUGACGCUUAGACUGGCAUGGGUCCUGCAGAACAAUGGCGACCUUCAACGGGAUGUCAAAGAGGGCCAAGUGCUAUAUGGAACGAUCGACUCUUGGCUGCUUUACCGGUUGCGGCAAGGGCUGGACCAAUCGCGUGUGGUGGAACAUAUCGGCGAUGUGACCAAUUGUACCUCGACGGGAUUCUACGACCCGUUCGGGCAGGAAUGGGCCACAUGGGCGCUGAGUUUCUUCAAUAUCAAGAAAGAUCUUCUGCCGAAGGUUGUGGACAAUUCAUACGACUUUGGGUAUGUGGAUGAAUCACUAUUUGGCAGUGCAAUACAAAUUGGUACAUCGAUUUCAGAUCAAUCCGCUUCAUUGUGGGGUACUUGCUGUUUUGAGAAGGGUGAAGUCAAGGUUACCAUGGGAACGGGAGCAUUCUUGAACGUCAACACCGGAUCAACGUGUUUAGCUUCAGUUCAUGGGCUGUAUCCGUUGGUAGGAUACAAAACGAAUUCAAUUAACAGCACCGAGUUGGUUUACCUGAUGGAGGGAGCAUCCAAUGACAAUGGCUCGAUCAUCGAGUGGGCCAUGAGUAUAGGGCUUUUCACGGAUCCACGUGACAGCUCAGACAUGGCACUCUCCGUUCCCGAUUCGGACGGAGUUUCCUUCAUUCCGGCAUUCAGUGGACUGGGACCACCGAUACGUAACGACACAGCUGGCACUGGGUUCAUAGGCAUCAAAGCGUCAACGCGGAAGGAACACCUGGUACGAGCAAUUCUCGAAAGUCUUGCAUAUCGAAUCGCGCUACUGUACGUGUGUGCACUAACCGAAACGCGAUACACAUUCACUCGGAUCAAGGUCGACGGAGGAGUCUCUCGGAACGAUUUCAUCUGCCAAACGUUGGCCGAUCUCACCGGACUGCCCGUCGAACGAGGUGAAGUGACGGACUCGACUGCACUGGGAGCGAUGUUUCUCGCCGGAUUGAACGUAGGCAUUUGGCGCAGCAAACAGGAACUGAUCGAUAUCAGAAAGAUCGAUCGAAUCUUUGAACCGAUUGCAUCCAACAAGAGCAAAUGCUUCAAAAGCAUGCGAUCGUGGGAACGUGCCGUCGAAAGAUUCAAGCGAUGGUACAUUGAUGAAGAACUGAACAGUCUGAACUAACGAUGUGAUAUUGUUACUUUUGCAAUAAACUGUUUUUGACCAAAACCCAA